AUGGCAUUUAUCUAUUGUGUCAGGCCACAAAGAUUGCUACGUGUCAACAGUGAAUGUGAAAAUUACCAACAUGUAAUCGCAAGGUUGAAAACAGAAAAGGAGAAACUUGUGAGAGAAAUAAGUGUAGAGCAGGAGAAAAGCCGGCAACUGAUGGUCAAACACAAGACGUCCACAACAAAACUCAAGUCCGAGAAGGAGGAGGUGAAGAGACUUACAAGUGUUAUCAAGGACAGAGAUACACAAUACAAACAUGACUUAAAAAAGAAGGAGAGAGAAUGCAAUAAAUUGAAGGAGAGAAUCCAUCAGUUACUGGCUGAUAAAACGCCUAAUCGGAGAGUAGGUUUAGAUAUUGCCUGCUCCUUACACAGUUCUGAUGGCAGAAGAAGUACAUGGAAAACAACCUCCAACAAACAAGAUGAAAUGUACCAGCAGUUGAUCUCAAUGUAUGAGGAGAAACAGAAGAAACUAUUGGUAGAGAACACAGAAUUGAGGACCAGUCUAAAACAUGUUUACAAAGAUGUCAGCAAUGCACUGGGCCUUCAUGAUCACCUUAUCACUACAAAGAGUACUCCCUCACAGGAUGUGGAGUCAGGUUCCAGUGAGGAAGAGUUCACAACCUACCCCUCAGCUUGUAAUUAUAGGACUCAGGACUCAGAUGGGUACUUUCAAAUGCCUUAUGACAUGAUUAAGGAAACAUUAGAGACCAUGUUCAAAGAAAGAUCAAGGAAAUUGAAAGAAAGGAGGAAAAGAAAGCUGCCAAGUCCUAACAAACCUGCCAGAUCUUGUCCCCCUAAGCAGUCACCAAACAAGCAUUGUGACUUGGAGCAGCUUAAUAAGGAAAUGGAGACCUUGAAGAAGCAGAUUAAGACAUACGAAGAUCAGAUAGAGAAACAUAAAAGGGAGAAGGAGAAUUAUAAAGAGGUCAUACAACAACAGGAGGACAUGAUUCAGAAUUCCAUUCAAAUGCACAAACACCAGAACUCGACAGAGCAUAUUUUGAAUGACUCCAAGGUUGAAGAGGAACGCGAGAGUCUUUUAGAGCAGAAGAGAUUAUUUCAUGAAGAGAAGAACCACUUCACAGAGGAGAGGAAACAGUUUACAGAGGCAGCCAUUAAACUGGGUAAAGAGAGAAGAGCCUUAGAGGAAGAAAAGACUGCCAUUUUAAAGAAUCAGUUUCUUCAGAUAUCACCCUUCAGAUCUCCCUCAAAGACCUCAAAUCUGAACAUGGAUUCCAUUCGCCUCCUUCCGUCCACCCCCCAGUUUUCACCGGCUUAUCCAGGACAGCCAAAGACUCCCUCCACAGUAGAACUUUUCAGAUUCCUGGGAAUUACCCCAAAGGAGCAAUUCUUACAUGACAAAAACUCUUCAUUAAGUGACUCCAGUGAACUGAAGAGAUCCCACAGUUAUGAGUGCCUUAACAGUAACACCACACUGACCACCUCUAACAACAGUGGCGACCUUUCUGUAUUCUCUGAGAAUAAGUCUGGUGUAGUCAAGAAAUCACUAUUCCAGCACCUCUCCUGUACACAAAGUAAUGAUGAUCUGGGAAUUUAACAGAAAUUUGUUGUGUAUCGGAGCUGAUUAUUUGAAAUGUGUUCUAUUUUUUUAUUUGUAAUGAACUUUUGUGAGGGCUGUUUAUUUUUCAUGACUUCAGCAAAUGCAUAAGGAUUUGAUCAUACAGCCAAAUGAAAAUAUGUGUUGGGUUUAUUUUUUCACUCAAGUGAGCUUUUCUGAUAAUGUUUCGUCCAUCUGUCUGUCUGUAAACUUUUAACACUUAAAUUUUUUUCAAGAAUGUCUAAUUUCAACUAAAAUUGUUUCACACCACCCAGAAGGGUAUUCAAAUUUCUUCAUAUGAAAUACAUCCCCCUUUUUCAAGGGGAGAUUAUUAAGAAAUACUGUGGAAUCAUCAAUGUUCAAUGAUUUUGUGGGUCACCCUUAUCCAUGAAUUAACAUUGCCUUAUACAAUUAUUUUGUCAAAAUAUUUUUUUCAUGGAAUCUUCUGUAUAUACGAGUUAUCUUCAAUUAUGUCCCAUGAAUCAAGAAAAUGUUGUACAUUGACCACACAAAUAAAAAUGAUUCCACAGUAGUGAUAUAAUGAUGUGGCCAUCUAAAAAAUAUUACAAAAACCUACGGGGUCAGAAAAGAUGAAACUAUUGUUUUAGAACAUUCUCAGCUUCUUUCCAAUCCAGAUGGUCAAUAGUUUAGACUUUACAUUUAUGGUUUGUAUAUGAGACUUUACUUUGUCUUUGACUAAUGACUAUUGUGGACGAUGAUGGCCUUUUUAUUUUGAUAUUAAGUGUUAUCACUUUUGAUGUAAAUUUAUGUAUUGGUCGUCGAUUCUGUGUGGAAUGCAUGGAAUUUCACUAUUUGCUACAAAGGGUUGGGGAUUGUCAGAGUUUUAAAGGGCACUUUAUUAAGAUGACUGACAUAAUAUGUUACAGGUGUAUUGGCAUAUUUAUAUAUACAAUUGUACUUGUAUGUUCAGCUAAGAUUUUUAACAUUUUCUUCUCAAAAAUUACUGUACCUACUUCAAACAAACUUGAAAUAUUCUUGAGUAAGGGGGUGAGGGAUUAAAUUAUUUAAAUUUAUCAAUGAAAAAAUGAGUGUUGUAAUGUGAGUCAAACAGCAAUGUAAAUUUCAUUGAAUAAUGAAUAUUGAUAUACAUGUACAGCAAAAUCAUCUUCUGAUUUUAACUUUUUAGAUAUUUACAUUUCCAAUGUCUUUGAGAUAAAAUUACAAAUUUUAAAAAUACUUUUUUCUACAUAAAUCAGCUGGUUUAUCAAUAGGCAUGGUUUAAAAAAAUUAUGUGCAGGGCAGGACAAAUAAGACAGAAGCAGGGCUUGUAGCAUGUUGAUUUGCGGAAUCAAGAGCAUGUAAAUAUACGGAAUAACCUUCGGCAUUUAUGCAAAUGAUCACACAAGUCACUCAAUUGAUCACAUCAUGAAACCAAAAAAUUAGAAUUAAACAGUUAUUCAUUAAAUUAGUUGAGGGUCAAUAGGGGUCUCAUUACAUGUUCACUGGGCAGAGAGAAAAAAGUGCAAUAUAUGUGAUAACUGUAGUUAAUAGAUUUAAGCUUUUGCUUUUUCUUCUUUUUAUUUAUUCUUUAUUAAAAAAAGAUAGACAAUUGCGAAGAUAUUGGCUGAUGUAUAAGUAAGUGCUCAGUAGGCAUUGCUGUGGUCUGCAGUAGAGGAAAUACCUGGGAAAUAGAGACUUGGACAAGGAACAAAGUUAAAUACUUUUUUCUUUAAAUAUAUAUUGCCCUGAUAUGAAUAAAUGAUUUUAAUAUAUUAUACCUUUUCCCUUCUUCCAGAGCAAGAAUGGAAAAUAAUGAAAAAUAGCCAUACCUCAGACUACAGUCAAGGUAUCUUAGAAUAAAAGAUUUUUCCAUAAUUUUAUUGAUUGCAGAAGUAUAACUUAUUCAUUGCAUUAAUUAACAAUGAUGUGAAAGUUAAUAAAAGGCUUUUUUAUGCCCCCAUAAUCAAAGAUUAUACUGAUGUAGUGGUAUACCCUAUUCAUAUGUAAUAAAAGUAUAUUCAUAUGUAUACUGAUAUAAAAGCCAUAGAAUUAACCUUUACAAAACAAAUGCUUAUAAGGUUAAGUUUAAGAAAAGUAGGUCAAACUACAAGGUCAUGUUCAAGAGGUUAAAAUGUUGGUACCCAAAGAUAGGUCUUUGCACAAGAAAUACACAUGAAGUAUAGAAAUCAAAUAACGGUAUGAAAUUGAAGGUUUGAAAAAGAACUCAAUAGCAAAAAUUGUUUAUGCUUUCAUGUUUCAUAUUCCUUGUGAUGGGACCAUCAAUUUUGAUCUCUUGUACUUAUAGUUUGAUUUUUACUUUUGAAAUCCUUUAACCUUACCCAUAACUUCAAAACAUUUUAGAACUUUCAUAUUUCAAAUAGGGACAUUCCUUGUGACUAGGCAUUUCUUAGGUACCACACUUUGACCCAUAAGUUUGAUUUACAUUUAAAAACUUAACCUUGGCCAUUACUGAUGUUUUACAAUGGCAUCUAUACAUGAGGCAAAAACAUCUACAUCAAUGAUAUUAUCAUUAUAAUUUUAUGAUAAUGGGAAGUAUAUUCAUUUCAGUGUAUUAGACUACCUCUAUGGAAACAUAUCAAAUAACAUAUCAUGUUGAUGAGGAUUUUAUCGUUAGUGCAUUCUCUUGUAUUGCAUUGGUGCCUUGUUAUUUUCAAUUUUUAUAAAAUAAUAUCUUGUAUGUUUUU